AUGGCACCACCCCGCAAACGUCGUAGGGCCCCGACCAACCCCAUCGAAGCAGCGAACCGCAAAUCCGACGCCGACUUUGUGAGGGACCAUCUCCAGCCCAGCCCCGAGUGGACGAAAUGGACGCAUCCCAAAAGCGGUACAUCGUACACCCUCUCACUCAAGUCCCCGUCGCAGCUCUCACAGGGUGAGCUGCAAGCGUGCUUCGACCUCAUCGACUACACAAGUGGAGCAGAUUAUCGCGCUUCAAAAGAUGGGUGGAGGCCUAGCCACAAGAUGAAGGAGAUGAAAAGCGAAGGACUACGAUACGUCCUUGUUGCGGAUGACAAAAUUUGCGGAUUUACGAGCCUGAUGCCUACCUUUGAAGAGGGUGAGGCUGUGGUGUACUGCUAUGAGAUCCAUCUCCUGGAGGAAUUACGAGGCACGGGUGUCGGCCGCACACUCAUGGAUUACCUCGUCAAAGUGGCGAAGAGUAUUCCCAUUAUCGAAAAGGUGAUGCUGACCUGCUUCAUCGCCAACGCGGAUGCGCGCGCGUUUUAUGAGAAGCUUGGUUUUGAAAUUGAUGCGCUGUCGCCCGUGGAGAGGAAGUUGAGGUUUGGAAAGGUGUUUGUGCCUGAUUAUGUCAUCAUGAGCAAGAGGGUUCGUGAUAAGAGGAAGGAUGAGGGGAGGGAGGAUCUGGAUAAGGGUGGCGUGGUAGAUAAUGAGGCGUGA